AUGAGGUCCAUUGUCAGUCUCGCCAUCGCUGCAUCCCUUGCCGCGGGUGUUGUCGCUCAACCCCACAACCACCGCCAUCGCCAUGUCAAAAGGGACGGCGCUUCGCCCGUUGACAAGCGAGACCCCGAUGUCGUUGUCGUGUACGAGGCCGGUCCGACAGUGACCGCCUAUGAGCUGGGAGGAAAGCCCGUCACCGAAGAGGAAGCCAAGAAGGGCAUUGAAGAUGGCCUAUUCGUUGUCAUCGGCGAGACCACGCCCACUUCGAGCCCUCUGCCGCCUGCUUCGACGUCCAAGGCCCCCAAGCCUUCCACCUCCAAGGACGCCCAAUUCUUCGAGAUCAAGGCCAACAAGCCCACCACCUCGUCGACCCCGACUCCCACCCCUACACCGACACCUACGCCGACUCCAACCCCGACGCCCUCUUCGUCGUCCCAGGCCCCUCCUGCCUCAUCCAAGUCCUCGAGCGGAGGCUCCAGCAGCUCUGGCGGCAAGGGUGUCGACUCGGAGUUCCCCAGCGGCAAGAUUCCUUGCUCCAGUUUCCCCUCGGACUAUGGCGCGGUUCCUGUUGACUACCUCGGCACCAGCGGCUGGACUGGCAUCCAGAGAACUCCCAACUACAGCCUUGGUGACGCGGUCAUCUCAUUUAUUGAGACCGCCAUCUCGGGCGACGGUGGAUGCACCAAAAACUCUUUCUGUUCGUACGCCUGCCCCGUUGGCUACCAGAAGACCCAGUGGCCCUCGGCCCAGGGCUCGACCAAGCAGUCGAUUGGUGGGCUGUACUGCAACAGCGACGGCUACCUGGAGCUCACCCGUGAGAAGAAGAAGACUCUUUGCGAGCAGGGCGCCGGUGGUGUCACUGUUCAGAACGACCUUGACCAGCAGGCCUGCGUUUGCCGUACCGACUACCCCGGUAACGAGGCCAUGGUCAUUGCUACUGUUCCUCAACCCGGCCAGUCAUUAACCUUGACCAACCCUCUCUCCUCUGACUACUACGUUUGGAACGACAGCCCGACCACCGCCCAGUACUACGUCAACAAGGCUGGCUACAGCGUCGAGGACUCGUGUGUGUGGAAGAGCUCCAAGGACCCUCUUGGCGCUGGUAACUGGGCCCCCGUCAACGUCGGUGUUGGCAAGAGCUCCGACGGCAACACUUACAUCUCCAUCUUCCCCAACACGCCAACUUCGACCGCCAAGCUCGACUUCAACAUUGAGAUCAUUGGGGACGUUAACAGCAAGUGCGCGCUUGUUGAUGGUUCCUACACUGGAGGUGGUUCUGGCUGUACUACCGCCAUAUCCGGCAGCGGAAAGGCUGUCAUCCGAUUCUUCAAGUAG